AUGAUACUGACCUGGAGCCAGAAGCUUUCACCUUCUUCUUCAGAAUUAGAGCAGAGCUCUCCGGAAGACCCCCAGAGAAACGUGUACCUACAGGCAUGCCAGAAGGCAGGUGUCGUGCCCAUCUCAUACUACCUUCGCCAUAUGAAUGAUAAAUGUCUGAAGCUCAACCACCAUGGACUGGGGCCCCGGGGAGCUGGUGCAUUAGCCAAGUCACUGAUGUUGAAUAGCAGCAUCACCCACCUGAGUCUGGAGGACAAUGCCAUCGGGGCUGAUGGGUUGGCGAAAUUGGUGAAGGGGCUGAGAGGGAGCUGCCAUAUCCAGGAGCUGAAUCUCUCCAACAACAGCCUGAGUGAGGUUGGCUCUGAGCUGGUCUGCAAGAUGAUACUGGAAAACGUGUCUCUGCUCCGUAUCCAUCUGGCACACAAUGGAUUCAACGAUCAGUCUGCUAGAUAUUUCGCAGAAGCUCUGUCGGCCAAUUUCCGGGUGACAGUCCUGGAUCUCAGCCACAAUGAGUUCUGUGAGAAAGGAGGAGAGUCUUUAGGUCAGAUGCUGGCUGCCAAUGAGGGUCUCCAGGAGCUGAAUCUGAGCUGGAAUCACAUCCGUAUGAAGGGAGCCAUUGCAUUGAGCGCCGGCCUACGGGUGAAUGGGAUGUUGAAGGUGCUGAAUUUAUCAUAUAAUGGAUUCAGCAAUGAAGGUGCUCUGGCACUGGGAGAAGCUCUGAGAAUCAACAGUUCCCUUCUUCACCUUGAUAUCAGCUGCAACCAGAUCAGCAAUGAGGGAGUCCGGCUCUUCUGCAAAGGCUUGGAGUGCAAUGAGAGCCUGCAAGUUCUCCAGCUCGCCAGGAACCCGCUGACAGUAGAGGGUGCCAUCGUUUUGCUGAAUUCUAUUACCAGGAGGCCGGAAAACAGAAUAGAGGACUUGGACAUCUCUAACGUUCUGGUCAAUCAGCAGUUUCUCUCUCUCCUGGAAGCGGCAUCCAUCUCUCGGCCUGGACUGCGGGUUCUGUUUGCUGGAAAACAAGGAUUUAUCGCACAGAAACGUCCAACACGCCCCGAUCCUAUGAAGGUUAUCCAGGACUUUCUAGAUGAACGCAAAUUGCGCCUGCUGGACUUCUUCAAGAACAUGGACAAAGAUGGCAGCAUGAGUGUCCCAGUCAGCGACUUUUGUCGUUUCAUUGUGCUGUCCGGUCUCCCCCUGGAUUCUGCUCAGAUAGACUGUCUGGUGCAAAGAUUGGACAAACACCAGACAGGAACCAUUGACUACAGGAAUCUGGUGGACUCUCGAAAGAAGAUGGUGAAGGAUCAACGAAAGCAGCAGCGUCGUAGAGCAAGAAAAGAACGUCUAGAGAAGCAGAGGAGCCAGAGAGCUCUAAAGUCUUUUCACAAUGCAGUGAGAGCACUAACUCCGCCCCCAGCGUCCAGGGAGGCCGCGGGGAGCAAUCGCAGCUCUGCUCACUUCUCUGGUUCUUCGCAGAGUUCUUGGUACCAGGAAAUAGAAAACAGAAAUGAAGCCAAUUCUCCACAGAUGCAGAACGGAGCGUCAGAAACCUUAGAGGCUGACGGCUUUUACAGUUCACAGGGAAGUCUGGGCUCUCCGUGUGUCUCCGAGCCUCGAACCCCCAAAAGAAGCUCCUCCCCUUGUUUGAGCGAUCCUGGAAACUGAAGCAGCAGCCAUGAAGUCAUAGGCAACCUUCUUAUACGUCAUCCUUUGUUUACGUUUGUGCUCUGUAAAUGUUCCUUACUAGUUGUCCUCCAUUUUCACCUCCAGGACUCCUCUUGUGCUGCACCUUGUGUCCAACUCCCUCAUAGAGCGCUGCCUGAAAACUUAUUUCCACUGGGAGGCCCGCGGUAUUUAUGACAAGGGCUUAGACGCGAGUUUCACAACUCGCAUUCGGCGCUCUAUAAGUAUUUAUUCCAAUCCAAUCCAAUUAUAGACGCAGAGUAAACCUUUUAUAAAAAGUGGGUUUGUUUACUUUAUAGCAUGUUGAAGACAAGAAAUGCAGCUUUGCAGUACAUUAUUGCCAAGUUAUAUGUAAUAUCCUCCAGUGUACUGGCCAGGUAUUGAAGAUAAAUAAUUAAUUAUUCAGUUUUUUAACCCCUCCAUGCCUAAGGGUAAAACAAAUCUAAAUGCCUAAGCACAAUUUUGCAACUUUGACAUGUGUUGUUAACCGUACAUAUCAUCACAACUACUUUGUCCAGUUGGAUUAUACCGCGUUUUUUUCAGGACAAAUUGGGCUUUCAUUUUGUGGUAAAUGAUAAUGGAUACCUACUGAUUUUUAUUUUUUUUUAUCAAAGGAAAACUGGCCUAAAAAAUAUAUAUUAAAAACAAAAAAACAAAUCUAGCUGUAUAUUUCUUGUUCCUAUCAUAACCUACCAUCAAAGAACAACUGAUGCCAC